GCGCGGCGGGAAAUUAUUUCCCAGAGCCCGGAUUAGUGAAGCAGUUGAGUGCUGCAGCGGCAGUCGUCGCCCCUGCCGCCGCCGCCACCGCCACCGAAGGAAGCAUCCCAGACACUUCGGCCAGGAAGAUGGAAGAUGGUACCCCAAAGCAUAUCAUCCAGAUGACAGGAUUUAAGAUGGAAGAAAAAGAAGCGCUAGUCAAAUUACUUUUAAAACUAGAUUGCACUUUUAUUAAGAGUGAGAAAUACAAAAAUUGUACACAUCUUAUAGCUGAACGCCUAUGUAAGAGUGAAAAAUUUUUAGCAGCUUGUGCGGCAGGAAAAUGGAUCCUAACCAAGGACUAUAUAAUUCAUAGUGCCAAAAGUGGCAGAUGGCUUGAUGAAACAACUUAUGAAUGGGGAUAUAAAAUUGAAAAAGAUUCCCGUUAUUCACCUCAAAUGCAAUCUGCACCUAAAAGAUGGCGUGAAGAACUGAAACGCACUGGUGCUCCAGGAGCCUUCCACAGAUGGAAAGUUGUCCUCCUUGUUAGAACUGAUAAGCGAAGUGAUUCUCUUAUAAGAGUUUUGGAGGCUGGAAAGGCAAAUGUUAUUUUACCAAAAAGUUCACCAAGUGGAAUAACUCAUGUGAUUGCCAGUAAUGCAAGAAUUAAAGCUGAGAAAGAAAAAGAUAACUUUAAGGCUCCAUUUUAUCCAAUUCAGUAUCUAGGGGAUUUUCUUUUAGAGAAAGAAAUUCAGAAUGAUGAAGAUUCCCAAACCAAUUCUGUUUGGACUGAACAUAGCAAUGAAGAAACAAACAAAGAUUUCAGGAAAGAUGCAGGAUUUCUUGAAAUGAAAGGUGCCUUAAGAGAGACCAUGUAUAGAACCCAGAAAGAAAUGCAAAAUCAUGAUGAAGAUGUUAAUGUUGGUUCUAUUUUGACUCAACAUCACAAAAAAGAAAAAUUCAGUGGUUCCAGUAAAGAUUUGAAAUUUGUUAAAAUGAGAAAUACCUUUGGAAGGCAUACAUAUGAAAAUCAGAAGGAAAUUAAGAAAAAAGAUGAAGAUAUUCAAAGGAGUUAUACUUUGAGGAGAAAACGCAAGAAAGAAAAAGAAAGCAAUUGCAAGAAAGACAUUGAACAUGAAAAAAUAAAAAGUACCUUAAGGCACAUAUAUAAUAGAGAUCAGAAAGAAAUGAAGAAUUCUAUUUUUGCUGAAUAUGCCAAAGAAUCAAAAGCCAUGGCUAUUAAGACAGAUGUGGAUGUUGUUGAAAUAAAAAAUACCUUAAGGAAGCACAUAUAUAGGGCUCAGGCUGUCAGAUACAACUGCAUUAGAAUAGAUAAACAACCAGUGUACAACGUAGAGGUUAAAAAUGCUGAAUUUCCCAGAGGUGUAUUAAAUUUAAUUGAAAGCCUCAUAGAAGGACAGUUUUUUAAAGAAGCAAUUGAGGAACUUUCCACUUUGCAGGCACGUUAUAUCCCUCCUGUAUGCGUUCUUCAUGCCCUUCUAGAGAACGUUCUACAGGAUAACAUAGAUACAUUUUCUGGUCGAUACUUUCAUAUAUUGUCAGCUCUUCUUCACCUGCAUCCUCCUUGGAAGUCUCCAGCCAUGUCAAGAUAUUAUUUAGAGUUGUUUCAGUGUCCAACUUGUAUGAAAGGAGCAUGGUCUUUAGUAGAAGUCCUUAUCAGGUCUUGCCUUUUCAAUGAAAGCUUUUGUCAUCAAAUUUCAGAAAAUAUUGGCUCCAAGGUGCUCCACCUGACGCUGCUCAAAUUUUUUUUUAAUUUAAUUGAAAGUGAAGUACAACAUCUGAGUCAAAAGUUGUAUGACUGGUCAGAUUCUCAGAAUCUGAAAAUAACAGGAAAGGCAAUGCUUCUUGAAAUUUUUUGGUCAGGAAGUGAAACCUCUGGGCUUUUGACCAAACCAGUAAAUAUGCUUUUGGAAUGGACUAUAUAUUCUCACAAGGAAAAAUGCAAGUCUAAUGAUGUCUUCAAACAUGAACUAGCUUACUUAUUGGCUGGAAUUCUUGGAGCAGCAAUAGAUUAUUGGAUUUUCCUUGGUCUUAAGAUGGGUAGAAAUGUGAUGCGACACAUGUCUGAUGACUUAGGAAGUUAUAUUUCUCUUUCGUGUGAUGACUUUUCUUCACAGGAAUUAGAAAUUUUCAUUUGCUCCUUUUCCUCCUCCUGGCUUCAAAUGUUUGUUGCAGAGGCAGUCUUUAAAAAGUUGUGUCUACAGAGCUCUGGCAGUGUUUCUUCUGAGCCACUCUCUCUUCAGAAAAUGGUAUAUUCCUAUUUACCAGCCUUGGGGAAAACUGGUGUGCUUGGGUCUGGAAAGAUUCAGAUAUCAAAGAAAAUAGGACAGCGGCCUUGUUUUGACUCUCAGAGAGCCUUACUAAUGCUGAAUGGUACUAAACAAAAACAAGUUGAAGGGCUGCCAGAGUUAUCAGACCUGAACCUUGCUAAAUGUUCCUCCUCAUCAUUAAAAAAAUUGAAAAAGAAGUCAGAAGGAGAAUUGUCAUGUUCCAAGGAGAAUUGCCCCUCUGUAGUUAAAAAGAUGAAUUUUCACAAGACUAAUCUAAAAGGAGAAACAGCCCUGCAUAGAGCUUGCAUAAAUAACCAAGUGGAGAAAUUGAUUCUUCUUCUCUCUUUGCCAGGAAUAGACAUCAAUGUUAAAGACAAUGCUGGCUGGACGCCUUUGCAUGAAGCCUGUAACUAUGGCAACACAGUGUGUGUCCAGGAAAUUUUGCAACGUUGUCCAGAGGUAGAUCUGCUCACUCAAGUGGACGGGGUGACUCCUUUGCAUGAUGCACUGUCAAACGGACAUGUAGAAAUUGGCAAGCUGCUACUACAGCAUGGGGGCCCAGUGCUUUUACAACAGAGGAAUGCUAAGGGAGAAUUGCCCUUGGAUUAUGUGGUUUCACCUCAAAUCAAAGAAGAACUGUUUGCUAUUACAGAAAUAGAAGAUACAGUGGAGAACUUUCAUGCACAAGCAGAGAAACAUUUUCAUUACCAGCAACUUGAAUUUGGCUCCUUUUUACUUAGUAGGAUGUUGCUGAAUUUUUGUUCAAUUUUUGAUUUAUCUUCAGAGUUCAUUUUAGCUUCCAAAGGGUUAACUCAUCUAAAUGAACUGCUUAUGGCUUGUAAAAGUCAUAAAGAAACCACCAGUGUUCAUACUGACUGGUUAUUGGAUCUUUAUGCUGGAAAUAUAAAGACAUUGCAGAAACUCCCACAUAUUCUUAAGGAACUGCCUGAGAAUUUGAAAGUGUGUCCUGGGAUACACACUGAGGCCUUGAUGGUAACAUUGGAAAUGAUGUGUCGGUCAGUCAUGGAGUUUUCAUGAUGAUGCUAGAAAGUAUGGAUUGGCUUUCUAAAUCUCUUCAGUUUGCAUUGGUACUUACUGUGGACUUCAUAGCUUACUGACAGAUAGUAAUUUGAUUUAUUUAUUGACAGACUUUGCAGCCUUGCUAAAUUUUAAAAGCAUUUUUUAAAAAACUUCUACAAAACUCUAGUAUGGGCUUCUGACUUUUUCCAGGGUGUAGAAUUUGACUCAAAAGUAAAAAUAAUUUUGUUUUAGUAUAUUCUACUUCCAUUAAUGUUUUUUGUUUUGAAAGUGAUACUAUAUUGUACAUGUAAAAUUAAUUUAAAUGUUUUUUCAAAUCAAAAUGUAAUGUCCUGUAUUCUAGAUGUUCUAGGUCUUAGAAUCAUGGCAAGCAUAUUCAUACAAAUGUGUACCUAUAAACUUGUAGCUCCUGACUCUUAGGGAUGAAUUUUGAGGAAAAAACAAGACUAAACAAAAACAUGUAGCUCCCUAUUUCUUCUCUCUAGGUUGUUGGACUGAAAUAUGCAUUUUAGCUUUGUGUGUUUCUAAAAUAAACAUUUCUAAAAUUUACAGUAAUAAUAUUCUUUUGGUUUUUAAAUGCAGCAGAUAUGCAGAGUCUGACAGUUCAAUUCCUUGAUCUGUUUUAUUUUAGCAAUUCAUAUACAAAAUGUAUCUGUUGCUGCCCUGUGUAACCAAUAUUCUGUGCCUGAAAACAUUCUGCUGCAUAAGUUUAUGAGUUUAAUAUUAAGAUAUUGAGUGGCAUCUAAGUAAUAGAUUUGAGAUUAUUUAAGAUCUUAAUAUAUAGUAUGAAUUUACUGAGUAGUAAUGUUUUAAUUUGCAGUUUUUCCUAAUAGCAGUUUGUAGUAAAACUAAAAGAAAGGGUGUGGAUAAUAACCACUUUUGAAAUUGGAGUUUCUUCACUACUGGGAGUACGUUACAUUAUGAUACAGGUGGAAAAUAAACACUUCCAUUUAGCUUUUAUGUAAUUCAAGGGAUGACUUUAGCAGUUAAUCUGCUAAAGCAACACACUUCAGUUUUAUUUUGGAAAUAGAUAUUUUAACAAGAUACAAAUGCUCACUAUCAUAUUACUGGGUUUGUAAUCUAAAUUGAAAACUGCUACAUCAGUAUGAAAAAAUAUUUUAAAUAGGUACUUUUUCACACAUACUCAGGAAAUACUAGUUUCUAUUUAGCCUUCAAAUUUGGCAUCAUACAAAUCUCUUUAUUAUUAAUCUGCCAAAGUAUCAGAGAAAAAAUGAUAUAGUGAAGACUAUCUAAGAAAAGUUUAAAUACUUAUAGAGAGUAAAGUGCUUCUCCAGAUGAUGAAUAAGAACGUUUUUUAUUCCAAUGAGUACCUCUUUACUUCACUUGUAAAGGUGUCUGGGAUAGUGUUUGCUUGGUAAACUGAUAUAAACUUGUAAACAUAGGCUUUGACAUCAUACACAUUUUCAAAUCCUUGUCUAGUUUCUUAAUAACUAAAUUGCAAGGCAAAUUCUUUUCUGAGCUUUGGCUUUCCUACAUGUCAAAUAGAAAUCAUACCAGGUAUCUUUGUCAUGAUAGAAUUGUUAGCAUAUCACAUCAUAUGACACUUAAUAAAUAUUAUUUCCUUUCUAAUUCUUACCUCCUCUUUUGAUUAUAAUGAAUCAUUUAGACAAAAGGCAAUAUAGUAAUUGUUUAAGUUGGUAGUAAUUCUAAGGUAAUUAAGUAAUCAACAUCAUGAGUUAGGGUUUUAUACUGUUAGUACAAAGUAGUUUUCCAAAUUAGAUGUUCAUAACAUAUAUUUGUUUAAUUGCAAUUAGCAUUAAUAUUUCAUAAUUGACUGUUCUGUCUGCCAACUUCUACAAGCAGUGAUGACAUGAAGUAUGAAACAGAUGUCAUUGAGGUCUCUGCCUUUAAGAAGUUUUACACUUCUUCGAAAGUCCAACAUGGCAAACAUAGGUUACUGUGUUCUGUGCCCUGGCUAACAAUACCAGUAUAUGAGUAUGAAUUUAAAUUUUCAGGAAGAGGCUUCAUUUCCAAAAUUACUUCUUAUACUUUAUUUUGGAAAACAUAAUAAUAAUUGCCUUGAAUAAUUGCCCAAAUCUAUCUUGGAGGUAUAGAAAGAAGAAAUUCUCAAUAAGUAAAGUAUAAUUCAUAGUCUUAGUCCUAGAUUUUCAAUUGCAGACUUUUCAAAGUUGCAUCUGAAGACAAGGUUGAGAAAUGCUAUUCUUCAUUGUAUUUUGCCAGAUGUGAUAUCAUAGUUCUAUGGAAUCGUAUUUUUAAAAAUUUCUGUAAGAGACCUUAUUACAGUGUAAAUAAAGCUGGAGAGGAGAUUUCUGAGCAGUUAAGAUUCAGCUUUUCCCCAUACAGUGUUUACUGGCAGUUUCUUAAAUCUCUUUGAAGUUAGAGUUUUCUAGGUUGUUAAUUUUUAAUUUCACUUUGCAGAAUAAAAUCAUCCAAGUAUAUACAUAUUCUGUCAUUUUAUUCAUUCCAAGAUGACCAGAAAAACAUCCUCAUAAAAGUCAAAUGUGAAAUUAAUUCUUUUGAAUUCAGCAUUUCUUGAACACCUACUCUGAACCAGGUGGUGUGCUUGACAAGGGCUAACUACAAAAAAAGAGGAAAGGCCCACAGUCUAGGAAGGUAAAUAAGGCUUAAGUAUUGUGAAUUUUAUUGUCUUCUACAUUUGCUAAAAAAUUAAUUUCAGUUUUGUAGGUUUCUGAAAUUUUCAGUAAUAAUUGGUGUUCUGUUUUAGUUUAUAAAUGUGAAUAUUCAAGUGUCCAGUACUUUAAUCCUUUGAUGAGUAUUAUUUUAGCAAUUUUAUUUUAGAGUGGAUAGGAUGUAGGGUGUGCUUUUGCAGUCUUAGUAUUUUUAAGCAAGCACAAAUGCAUUACACUAAGAUACUUUAUAUAACCUCCAGAAAAUAUCUGCCAUUUUUGUUUAUAGUGUUAUAGAAAGUUAAUUAAAUGAAUACCUUCACAUGAAAAAAAAUAUCCGUAGAAUGUGCAAUCCUUAUGCCUUUAUACACCUUUCCAGUUAAGCGGUGAACUUGAUGAGAGGCUGUCACUGUUGCUCCUUAAUCAGUAGGAAGGGGUCAUCUUUGAGUGACAUGAGGCACUCUUUCCCUGAGGCAUUUAUCACGUAGCUUUCACGCCAAUUGCACCUCCUGCUGACGUGGAGCUUGCAAAACUAGGAAUGAUAAUUGUUUUUAUGACAAAUGUGGAUUGAGUUAGAAAGGUCAGUGAUAGCGUUAUUGGAAUUAGGCUCUGCCUGGUGUUGUCAAAACAGGAGACAUGGAAUUGUUAACUAUUCCUUGUAAAUCAAAUUAUGUUAUCAGAAAAUUCACCUUGUAGGUUAAAAUGAGCUGUAGUUGGAGAAUAUACUUUGGUAGUUAUUUGUUGUGAUACAUAUUUUGAAAUUCUUAUAGGCUAUAAAUUAAUUAGAAAAGGUUGAAGUGUUGUUUUAUUUGGUUCUGAGCAUACAUUUUCAAGGUAAUGCAAAUCCUACUCAAAGAAGACCUUUUCAAAGGAAAUAAAACAUUUUUAACAUCAUUGAUUACUAGAUGUUUAAAAAGAGUUUGUCCUCUUAAAUACUUAUCUUACAGAACAUCUAAAAUAUGUACAAGCUGUUCUUAAUACUUUUUAUAUUUGAAUUUAUUACUAUGUCUUUUUUAGUGUAAGUAUAGUUUUGAUUGUAAAUACACUUAAUGUGUAUUUAUAAAAAUACACACUAUUUUUAAAAACACAUUAUUUUUUUAAAAAUUAUGUUUUUUAAAAAGCUUGAAAUACAAUCCUUAGUACUAGAUAUAAGUGAUUUUUUUUUUAGAAUGUUAAUACUUUUUGUUUUUCAAGAGAUAUAUUGAUGAUCCCUCCCACCCCCUUUUUAAAACAGAAGUAUAAUGAACUCUGUUCUGGGUUUUUAAACUACUUGCGGAAUUAAAGAUCAACAAUAUUAAGUCAGCAAAGUGACUAUUAAACCGUAUUUCUAACAAAAUAUGCAGUAUUGUUAUAUAUGUAAUAUAUCAUAUUGCCUUUAACAAAUAUAGACCCCAUAAGCCCUUAUUCAAGUAUUUAUAAAUAGUUAUUUCCAAUUAGAAUUAAAACAUAUACUUCCAAAUGAGUCAUUUUUGCAUCAUGGCCCCAAAUCUUUUUAGAUGUAGAACCCAGAUUUGGUAGACUUAAUCCUCUUCCUUGCCAAAGUAUCUGACUUGGAUCAAGCGAACGUUAAUGUAUUAUGGAUGUUAAACAUUAAUAGAAAAUGGCUCACUAGCUUCGGACAUACAAUUUCAUUCUACCAAAGAGUGGAAAUUUAAACAAAAAACAAAACAAAACAAAAAGUUUAGCAUUUCCAAAAAGUAAGAUGUGCUGAACUGAAAAUCUGGAAUCCAGGUUUGAAUUUAUAUCUAUCAUACUGUCGUUUAUCUUGAUAGUAGAUGAACUAAAGUUACCACUGCUUCUCUAUUCUGUCUCAAAGUGAAAUAAAUAGUAAUAUUGAAAAAUCAUUAAUCUUAAAGUGUUGACAGAUGAAAAUAACUUAGUUUGUUGUCAGUGACUUCUCAACCUAAAGGUUAGGUCAACAGUGGUUUAUGUCAUGACUCUUAAUAAAUUUUUCUAAUGACCAGAAUAGUUUGAUUUAUGAUAGUUUUUUUGUUUUUGUUUAAAGGAAUAUAUAUCUUUGUUAUCUGGCUUCAUCCUAAAGAUGCAUUUUUCUACUUUGCAUUCGUUCCUUUUUACAUUAGAGAUAAAAUUACCGAGCAAUAAGUAAAAUCUGGUAAAAUUAAAAUAUGUGUUUUAAAGAAUUUUCCAGGAAAACUUAAAAGCAGAAUAGUAAAGGUGAAAACUGGACAAGGGGAUGAGGGGAAAAAUGGUUAAGAAUCAUUCUGCUUAAAGGAAUCCAAAGGGUAAAGAUUUCUAGGUACUGUUUAUUAUAUUGAUGGAAGUUAGUGAAGGUAUAAAAUCAGACAAAAAGCAUGUAGACUAAUCUCAGAAAUGAACUGGGUCUUUGAAAAUUUUGAAUAAUAUUCGAUAAACUAAACCAAAGGUCCAGAUAAUUGUUUUAUAGAAGGUUCUUUUGGUUGAAAUUCAGUUUAAUCAAAAAUGAAGAAUAAUAAAAUUCCAGUUCUAAUAGUAUCAGAAACAGGCUAGAUUUUUUUUUCACUGUUUUUUAAAAAACAAUUGACACAUAAUAAUUGAACAUGUUUAUUAGGGUACACUGUGAUGCUUCAAUACAUGUGUACAUUGUAUAGUGAUAAAAUCGUGGUUAACAUGUCAUUUAUCUUAAACCUUUACAAUAUCUUUGUGGUGAUAACGUUCAAGACCCACUUUUCUAGCUAUCUUGAAAUAUAAUACAUUGUUAUUAUCUGUAGUCGCCCCACUAUGUAAUAGAACAUCAGCACUUACUCCUCUUAGUUCAUCUAACUAACUUUGUAGCCCUUGAGACCAUCCUCUCCCCAUCUUUGCCUUCCCUCCCUUUCCCUUCCCAGCCUCUGAUAACCGCUAUUCAUUCUACUGUCUACUUCUAUGAGAUCAACUCUCCUAGCUUCCACAUAUAAGUGAGAUCAUGUGGUAUUUGUCUUUCUGUGAGAAAAAGGUUGUUUCGAAUAGUAAUACUCAGUCCUUUCUCACAGGCAAAUCUUGACUCAUUUCUUAUUUUCCUGUCAUUUCAGUUCUUUUACACUCCCAAAAAUACUGUUAAGUUCAUACAUGUUACUGGAGGAAAUGGACUCAGAGAGUUGAAAGCUACUUAUUAAAAGUGGUUGGACCUUUUACCUAAAUAUCAUUUUUUACUAACAUUAAUAUUUUUAAAAUUGAAACUAAAUGUUAUUAAAAAGGAUCUUCUCAGCCAGACAUGGUACCACAUGCCUAUAGUCCCAGCUACUUGAGAGGCUGAGGCAGAAUGAUCACUUGAGCCCAGGAGUUCAAGGCCAACCUGAGCAACAUAGCAAGACUGUCUUUUAAAAAAAUAAUAACAUAAAUAUAUCAUCUAAAUUACAUAAGGAAAAAGAUUGUAAGUAAAAAAUUGCUUAUAGUGAUUGUCUUUAUGUGAAAAAAUUUUGGAUAUUUCUUUUUCACCUCUCCAGGUUUCUUUGUAAUGAUUUAUAUUUGUUUAUAAUACCAGUAACCAAUUUAUUUUGAAGGUAAUGCUCCUGAUUUAAGUAAGAAUCAGUCCUUGAAAUUUUUCUAAAGUUGCCUUAUUUAAACUGGCACCUACUGGAUUUUUAAAAGGUAAAUUACUGUUUUAAUAUACUAUUUAAAGUUGGAUAUAAUUAAAAGUAUAAUUAGUAUUAUCUAACACAGAUCUCAAAAAAUACACUAUACAUGUGCUCCUUUUUUCAAAGUGAAUCUGACCACUUUACUGAUCUGCUUUUCUACUCUUUAAGACACUUCAAAAUGGAGCCCCAAGUAUGUUGAAGUGAGAACUGGGGAGACUUUACUCUUUUGUAGUACUCUUAAAUUGCUAAAGAUUAAACUUGCUCAUGUGGAUACUAUGUGGAGUCAUAACAUAUAACAUAUCUUUACUUUGUGAUUUUAGUAUUUAUGGGACCUGAAGAAUUACUUGUUCUCUGGUGAUUUCAGAUUCGACACAGAAAAGCAGGGAGAAACUGGUAAGAUUAAAUGAUAGCUACAUUUAUUCAAAGAUUGAACCUUAAAUGGCUUUGAAAGGAUACUACUGUAUUAAGAAUUUUUUUCUUCUAUCAUCACUCUGAAAAAAUAUCCACUUUAUAACUUACUUAUUAUUUGCAACAUUAAUGCAGAUACAAACAACCCUCUGUUGAGAGAAUUCUGAGAGUGUCUUACCACAGCUCUCCAGAGCAUAUUAUUUUGCAUCUCUUUUGUGAAGCCCGGCAAAAUAGCUUCUUGAAAGGUACUCUUUUAAGUAGUACAACUCAGAACAAUCUUUUUACAGUUGUGUUUUGUAUAAAUAUCCUGGAUACCUACAUGGUAACUAUAGUACAACCUGAUAGUAUCAAUCUGUUUUUGGGAGGAAGAUUUCUUACCUACCGGUCAGGGCUGUUGUUACAGUUAUGGGAGGGAAAUCAAGUACAUAUGCAUUAAAUGUACUGUGUAUCAAGUACGUAGCAUGAUAGUGUGCAAGAUUGGAUGGUGAAUACUUGGUAUCCCCAAUCCAUAAGUCAGAGUAUUUUGCUCUUGCUUAAAUUACCAAGUGCUGUAUGUUUUGAUUUUUAAAAAAUGUUUUUCUCUUCUGAAAAUGAAUGUUUUUAAAAGUGAUGUUAAGCAAUUUCACACAAAUAAUGGAACAUCAUAUUAAUCUGUUUAAAAACUCCUGUGUCAGAUAUGUAUAGUAUUUUCUGGAUGGCUUCUCGUGUGCUUCAAAGACCCUCUUAUGUUUGCUAGGUUCUCUGUUAAUGGAAACUGAAGUUUGUAAGAGUUUUAGGCCAAACGUAAGAGGUAGGUAUACCAUUGUGUUUUUUUGCUCAGAAAUUGUUAGCUACUUCCUCUGUUAUAAAACAAAGAUGACAAAAUUACAUACUCCGCCUUGUAUAAUAGCAAAUAGACACUUCUAUCUUUGUAAAAUUUUUCUAAGAGCUUAUUAGUUCUUGACACCAACAAAUUGUUUUCCAUGGUUGCAGUGUUACAAGAUACACAGAGAUUUUGACUUUUCAUAAUUACUACUGUAGAAAAGAAGAAUGUUUUGUGGGGCAUGUAGUUAUAAGGUUUCAGUUCUCUGAUAGCUUUAUUUAAAAGGGUUCUUUGAGCUUGGGACACAUAUUGUCAUUUCCUUCCCCUCAUCUCUCUUCUGUGGUCCAGCUGUCUCUGUAACAACAAUGCUUGACUAUUCUCAGGUGUCUCCAGUAAUGCAAAAGGCAAGUAUGAGUAGUGAGGGCCAGGUGUGCUUUUUCUAUGAAUUUAGCAUUUCCUCCAAACCUGUCACCAUUUGAACUCUGGCAAAAUAAAAUCCCUCAAAUGGACUCAAGCCAUUUUGAGCUUGUCUUUGACUAGAAAGUGAAACUGAACCUAUAUUAUCAUCUUUCUUCACUAGUGGGAGCAAGUUCCCACUAGCAAGUGGGAGUGAGUUCCACUCAGCCAGGCCUCAGGAUCUCCUUAAAUGUAUUCCUCCAGAGAAAAUAAGAUAGUUUUCAGGUUCACUCAUUGGCUCAGGUUGGCCACUCCUUUUCUCUUUGGAAAGAACAUUGAAGAAUCUGUAGUAGGGGAUAAUUGCACUACAAUUUUAAUUUUGCUACAUACUGAAAAAACUUAGGCAUGGCUACUUACCUAACCCAUUUCUGCUUUCCUUGAAACAAAUCUUUCUGCCUAAUAUAAUAACACUUAAUUGACUAAAGCAGAACAGCAGUGUAUUUUACUUUGUAAAAAAUGGAGUAAUAAUUUUUCAGUGACAUUUGGAGGUACGGAUAAUCAAAUUUAAAAACCUGUCUUUACAAAAAUACUGCUUGUGCAUGUAAUAGAACACUUCUUUUGUUUGGGUUUUUGGUUUUUUUUUGUUUUAAGCUUAGAUUGUCAAAGAAGAGCCCAAUAAAUUGAAACUCAUUUGAGGUCAAUUACAAUAUUUGUUUUUAUUUUUUGAUUCUUAACCCAGAUCCCUCCUUUGAAAAGCACAGAUAGAAUCAUUAAGUUCCAGGAAACCUUUCAUGGUGCUCUUAGUUUCUACAUUGUAUGAUUGCUUUGGACAUUUGAUAGUUUUUAUUUGCAUACUAUUAUUUUUUAAUGAGAUUUUUCAAUAGUAUUUCUCAAAUUUUAGCCAUUCAGCUGAAAUAAAUCUUAUAAUGUGACUGCCUCUAUACAAAUUGCCACUAUAUAAAAGAAACUGAGGUACCAGAGGGUAACAUUUUCAUCAAAAAAAAAAGAAAAAAAAAGUUUUGUUUUCUUUCAGUGAGUUACACCAAUCAUCCCAGGAAAAAGAAUUAUAAUUGAAAGGAAUGACACUAUUGUAAGAAAGAAUUUACCACAUUAUUUUCUAUGUGGUUUUAAUUCAUACUUGACUGAACAAUUAGAAAAGGCUGAUUCUAGAUACCCUAAUCAAACCAAUGAAUAGACAUCUGUACACACACUCACACUAGAGUGUGAAAUCACGCUAUUCAUUUAAAGCCCAAGGAUUUAAGCAAGUAUUAAUUUAGCAAUACCUGAGACGUUUUUCAAGAAGUAUAAUGGUAGCUGUCUUUACUUGUAUUUCUGGAGCAAAAAGGUAUAACUACCUUAUACCUUUUUGUUUCUUCUUAAUGCUGAGUCAACAUUAUAAACAUUUAGGCCCAUUUAACAAGUUUAUUCGCUGAAAUUACUGCCUUUGAAUAACAUUAAUACAAAUGUAGACUACUUUGAGCAUAGGAGACCUUAGAUAUGAGAUCAAAGUGGAAAAAAAGCUCCUGUGGUCCCUAGAUAAGAAUUUACUCUGAGUUUUUCUUCACUUUUAAAUGCAGAAUAAAAAUUUUAUAAAAGAUAAUUUUAGAAAUGUAUCAAUUAAAUUUGGCUCUCACUGUACUUCAACUCCAGAUUUGAUUUUAGUAUACAAUCAUUGGUUUGACCAUUGCCUAUAACAGGGUCAUACAGUUGGUAUUCGAUAAAUAUAUCACAGAGUCCUUUUAAGAAUCUCCCAACUCAGAUUAUCCUAGUGCAUAUAGAAUGUUCAAAAAUUGGAAUUCCUACAGAACCUAUCAAUCAGUUUGAGUCUGGAACAGUACCAGCAUGAAUGAGAAGUACUAUUAUGUUCUUUUUGAUAAGUAGGGAAAAAUUAAAAAGCACAAAUAUGCAUUAAAAGCACAAAUACGCAUUAUGAAUUAUCACAACGAAUGUCAGUAAUAGUUUAUGAAUAUAAAUAAAGACUCAGUGAAUUUACUCACUAAAAGAUACUAAAGGAAUAUAUUUAGUAGUUCACAAUAUCUACAAUAGUUAGCAGUCCAAGUAGAUGUUUGAGUGACAUUCAGUCUCUUAAGAAAUAUUUACAUCACAGAUCUCAAAAUGAAGGCAAGUCAGGCAACUCUCAAGACAGAAUUGCACCUAUGUGAGAAGAGGAAAGAAAUAGUUAAAAUUUUAACUAUACAUAUUCUGUUUUCAGCCUGUGAAUGUAGUAGUUUCUAAAAGCAAUGAAGAUUUCCCUGAAUAUCACUUUUGUGCCUCAAGCUAGUUCUUAUUCCUCUAUUAAUUUCAUUGGUUGCUCACCCCUCCAGAUGUAUUUUCAUGUAAGAGUCAGUUUCAGGAAAAAAGUCUUGUUUGUUUAAACCAAAUCUGUUUUUCUCCAAGUGACAUAUAAUUUUUAAGAAUAUGCACACAAUCCCUCAUCAAUCUCUGAACCACCAAAAAAAAAAAAAAAAAAAGGAGUGCUGAUUAUACAUGGGAAAGAUUUUCUUUUGUAUUUAAUGCAAUGAAUGUGUAGUCAACAUUACCAUUGAACUAAACAUCUGAAAUUUGAUACAGUGAAACAAACAAAUUAGUCAUCUGUUAAUGGUUACUAUCCACCAGAUACAUCUGAGGUUGUAGAAUAUCAGGCUUAUAGACAUUUGAGUACACAUUGUCAGCACAGAACAUAAAAGUCUCACAUAAGGUAUAACUGAAAGUUAUUUCAAACAGUUAUCUCAUCAAUAAACUUUCUGUAGUAACAUCAUGUUCAUGGAACAUUAUGUUUUUAGCAACAGUGAUGGUAUGCAGACAGAAGCAUGUCAUUUUAAACAUGAUACAUUAAAUAAAGCAUGUUGAGGUCAAAGCCUUUCUGUAGAAAGGGAAUUUAAUUGACAUUCAAGCAUAGUAUAUAAACAGAUCAAAAUAGUUCUAUUUUAAGAAAUAGUAUUUAACAACUUAUCUCUAAAAUAAAAAUACUUUAAAAAUCAGCUUCAAUGAAAUUAAAUUUAUUGUUAAAGAAUCUUCCUUUAGAGUGAAAUAUACAUUUCUUUUAGCUUUUCUAUAGUUUUUCCAGUAUAACCCCCACUUUUACCCCAUCCAAGUUUAUUAUUAAUAAAGUAGUGCAAAGCAUUGUCUGCUGCAAUUUCAACUGAGUGUAAUCCCCUACCAAGUCAGGGAAGUAAGACAUUCUCAACCAACCAAAUUAUUUUUUCUCCAGAGUUAUGCUCCCUUAGUAUACCAGGGAGUGAGAUACAAAAACUACUUUAAGAGUCUUGGGAAUGCAAUUUUAAAGUAUAGAUUCUAUGAUAAUAGUGAAACAUUGAUAAAGGCAACCACCACCCCCAAGCAGUUUAUUUUACAAAACAGGUUUUCAUGCAUAAUCAAGAAAGAUUUUUUUUUUUUUAAUAAAUGAAUGUAGUGAAACACUGGCAUAUCACUUAGCACACUGAAUUCUCUACAUUAAAAUUCACACUAAUAACAAAAUCAUAGUAUGAAUUAAAGCAUUUCAGUAAUCUAAUGAGAAAGCAGGUUUUUUUUUCUGUGAGAGCACUUGAGUAUUAAAAUGUUUUUAGAUGCACAGAUACAAUCUGACACCAAAAGCGAUAUGGAUAUAGUUUCCUAGUAUUUUUGAUAACUGUACUUACUGGGUUGCUAAUUUCCUAACUAACUCUGUAUAAAUUAAAGUAGUGGUAGGUAUAAAAAUUCAGAUAGGCAAUCGUUUAUAAACUGGCAGUAUUUAUGUUAUGUAGUCCUGUAGAGAUUUUAAGGUUUUAGAUGGAAUGAUUGAAAUUCUAUAAAGAAAACUUUCUAACCUUCUGAGUAUUGAUUCUCUCGAGGGAGUGAAUGUACCUUCACUUAUUAGCUUAAAAUCAGCCUAAGUCAUACCUAAGUAAUUUGCACAGGAGUGAAUGUUGGGAUCUAAAGCCAGAAUAUAUGUUAAAUUGAAAUGUAUCCAUUCCAUUAUUCAGGCUUUGAAAUUUCCCUCCCUUUUGAAAUUUAUAAAACAUAGAAAACUGUAAUGGAUUACUUUUCAGAUAAAAAAUAGUCACAUUAAAAAAAAAAACUUUAAAAUCAAAUUGACAUUUACAAUUGAUGUAGAUUUAAUCAGAGCACAGGUAUUUAAUCCACUUGUAAUUAGAUAAGAAUAUAUCUUCCAGUGUUAUCAUUCUUAUAUUUGUUCUUUCAGUGUGUUAUAUUAUUAUCCACAGCUAACAAGGCUUUGACACAGCAGUAGCAAAACCUUUAUCAAGUUGAGUCUGUACAAUAGAAGUAUAUUUUCAAAGACAUAUGCCUUUGUACACUAUUUACAAAUUCUCUCGAUCAUGAUAAAAAGGCAAAAUAAAUAAAAAGCAGAAAGAAAGGAAAUGCUGCUGAGGCUGAGGGCUUUUUCUUUUAUCUUCCCAAACAGAUGCUGGUCUCCUCAGUGCUGGGAGCUGGCUAGCCAAGAUUGUUUUUCUUUCUUUUAUAUGGGCUAUGAGAAGGAUCUGGUUUCAAUUCUUGGUAUUGCACCUGUUUAAACAGAGUUCAGAGGAAGACUGGUCAGGUGGCCACUUUUUGGCAAAGAAAGGAAAAGCAAAGGAAUGAGAGACUAUGCUGGGGGGGAACAAAGUACUCACUCUAGAAGCUGUAUGGGAUCUGCAGCUGAAAUGCAGAAAGCAAUAGAAUGACAGAGCAAGAAUAAGGGAAAUCCUGUUGGAAACUACAGGGGGCCCUGAUGUGAACUUUAGUAAUGGUAUUAUUCACUGUCUAAAACACAUUACAUUAAAAGUAAAACCAUCUACAUCAAUUUUUUAAAGGGCUCGAUAAUGGUUUUUUACAAUUUAUCGUGUGUUUGCUUAAUACAGUCUUAAUCUCCAUCCAGCCCACUGUCAUGUCAUAGCAAAUGAAAAAGGUAUCACUGUAACUCAGCUUCAGGAUUUAAAAAAACAAAACAACAACAAAAAAACCUUCUUUUAUUUUGAAAACAGCUGAUGGUUAAUGGGCAUUAACCUCAAAGGAUUUCAAAGGAUUUUUGAGAUAUGCUCCACUCUUCAAAAAGCAGUCAGCUUUCCUCUCCUCACUGAUCUCCAAAAUAUACUUCUUUAAAACUUACUUGUAAUUCUUGCAAAUUCUGGAAAGACUUUUUUUUUCUUAAAUGUCCACUGGCAUAUUUUGCUCUCAUCAUCUAAUAUUCCUGUUUCCUCCCCUCAGGUCAUACUCCCUGUCACAAACUCCAGCUGAACUAACUUGGAGGAGGAUCUUCCCUGACAGCUCUGGAAGGAAAUUGACAGAACUUUCGUAAAGCCAAAGACUGGCAGAAAUAAAGUAAAUAAUGAUGAAACUGAGCAAUAGAGCACCCAGAAGGAGUGUCCCCUGCCAAAAAGAAUGUGGCAUUUCACCCUCCGAGAAACAAAUGGACACCUUAUCCCACAGAAGAACGGGGCUCACAUGUCACCGUCACUCACUUCUUUAUCCUUUCGCCAAAGGAAGCCACUUCAUCUAGGAUGUUCUGGACACUGACACAUACCUCCUGGAUGGCAUAGAUUUUAUUUAUAAAUCCCUUUUUUUCACUGUCCUAAAAUGCAAUAAAAAAGAAAUUCUGUGUGAGUAAA